CAAUCAAUCAGUUUAAAGAAACUAAUUCUAGCGUCAAUUUUAAAUGACAACAUUGAUAAUUUUAUGUCUUUCGUCGCAAAAUAAUGUAAUAUAUUAAUUAUUUUUGUUGUAUAAAACGUAUUCUUAAUGGCAUAUUUACACUCUAUAAACAUUCAGAUCCGAUUGUAUCCCCCGUUUGCAGUAUUUCCUCGUUUUUCCUCUGGAAAACCAUAUUUCAAAGAGCACGAAAUUUGUAUUAAAACUUGUGGAAAUUUGUAUCAAAAAUGGCGUGAAGAAAGAAAGUUUAGAAAUGUGCCACAUGGUGACUUACAAUUUAAAAUAACAUACUUUGAUAAUGGAAAUUCUGUUUUAAAAGCAAGAAAAUCUUUGCCAACUAUAUUAGCGAUACAUGGGGCUCCUGGAUCUUACAAAGAUUUUAUUGGAUUAUCAAACUAUUUUGAACAGAAAGCGAGAGUUAUUAUUCCAAAUUUCCCAGAUUUUUCAGUUUAUAAACCUGGAGUAUUUAGGUUUUCUGAUGAGGAAAAAGCACAGCUUACUAAAGAUUUUUUAGCUGCUAUUUCUGUUUCACGAAUAGAUGUUUUAGCUGUACACAGUAGUGGUGUAUAUCCUGGGUUGCAUCUUUGUCUAGAUAAUAAUCUUCCAAUUAAAUCUUUAAUAAUGUUGAAUCCUGGAACCUAUUCUUAUGACAUGAGAGCUGUAAAGCAUAUAAAAUUUAUGCGCACAUUAGUUGAAGCUAGUGAAGUUUCAGUAUUUAUGAAGAUAUUACCAUAUUUGGGGCCUAUUUUAUUAAAACUUGCAAAAGUGCCAGUUAGAACAGAUAAUUUUUUGGAUCCUUUGUUGUCUGCAACAACUAUGGUGUACACAAAUGUACCAGGGGCUAAAGAAAGGUUCCUUCAUUUAUCCCAGAAAAAAUUUCCAAUAUUAUAUGCUUUCAGUAAAGAUGACAAGCUUAUAGGAGACAAAUGUGCUUAUGAAUUAGCUCAUCUUCUUGGAGUUUCAAAUGCAGAAAUUUAUUCCUAUGAUAAAGAUGGUAACUUAAAAAAUGAAGGUAAAAACAAUCCUGUAUUAAAAGUGAUGUCAUUUGAGAAAGGCUCUCAUUAUGUGUUUUGGAAGCAUGCAGAUAUUAUAUUUCCAGCAAUUGAGGAAUUUUUAAGAAGAAAUAUGAUUGAUGUUUGAUAUUUAUGAUGUUAUAAAGCAAAAUGUGAUAUAUAAAUUAUUUUUACUGUUACUGUUUUUAAUCUAUAAACUACAUUGUUGA